CAGUAUGCGGGGUCACACUUGUUCGGGAGACGUCGGCCGAGGCGUCCGCCACCACUACCGUGGCUUCGAACGACAUAAGAGUCAAUCUCACCUCUUUGAACCUCACCUCAAAUAUUUAUACCUCUCUCAUCAUCACAUAUUUAGCCCUCCAAAGUCCAAACACGAACUCACCCAAUCCGCAAACAUGUCCGACCCGCUCCCAAAACUAAUCACCCUGGAAGAACACUUCGUCGCAAAAGAUCUCUUUACAGAACUCUCCGACAUAUACUCAGAACAGCUCAAACACCUCCCCGAGGUAUCAUCCCGCCUCCAGGACGUCGGGCCCCUCCGCCUCGCCAACAUGGACGAAACCCGCAUCAGCCUGCAAAUCGUAUCCCACGCGCCCGGCCUCGGCCCCCGUGCCCCGCACUUGAGCCGUCUCGCAAACGACCACCUCGCGGCCGCCGUACGCGCCAACGCCACCCGCUUCGCAGGCUUCGCCGUGCUACCGAUGGCCGACCCAGACGCCGCGGCGGCGGAACUCCGGCGCUGUGUACGGGAGCUGGGGUUCGUCGGCGCGUUGGUGGAUGCGCAUGUGGAUGGACAACACUACGACGACAGACGCUUCUGGCCCGUCUUCAAGGCGGCGGAGGAGCUCGACGUGCCGGUGUACUUACAUCCUACCUACCCCUCGGAGAGCCAGCGGCCCGCGUACGAGGGCAACUUUGACCCCGGCGCGGCGCGGAGCAUGGGAUCCAGCGGGUUCGGGUGGCACUCUGAGACCGGGCUCGCCGUGCUCAAGCUCUUUGCCGCGGGUCUCUUUGACGAGUACCCUUCCCUGAAAAUCAUCAUUGGGCAUUUCGGGGAGAUGUUACCCUUCAUGAUGGAGCGCGUGGAAAAGCUCUCGGUGCGGUGGGGUCCGCGACGGCGCGGAUGGCGGGAGGUGUGGGAGGGGAAUGUGUGGGUUACCACGAGCGGGGUGUGGGGUCUCGCGCCGCUGGCGUGCGUGUUGAGGAAUACGCCCGUGGAACAUAUCUUGUAUAGCGUCGAUUAUCCUUUUGAGAAGAAUGAGAAUGGGCUUGCGUGGAUGAGGGAAUUGAGGGAUAGUGGGAUGGUGACGGGGGAGCAGCUUGAGAUGAUUGCGUUUCGGAAUGCUGAGAGGUUGCUGAGGGUUGAGGCGCCGUGAUGGGGCGUGGGUCCUGUGUAAGUGGGUGACUGGGAAGUGGUCUCGAGGGAAUAUCGAGUCUAGUUUCGUUCUGAGGCACACCGAUCUCCGUCCACACACCUGGCUCGACAUUGAGGAAAUCAAAAGACACCGUUUCCCUCUCCAUCCAUCACGAUCGUGAGUCGUGACUGGCCAAGACCCCCCAUCUCCACGGCCCCGUUCCCCUCCCACAAUCAUCAUCUCCUCCCCUUCCGCCCCGCCCACGAUGCCCUCUCUCGCUUCUUGGUACCACCCACCAAACGAGUUCCCACACAAGAUCGUCUCUAUGGCUCAGUCGGUAGAGCGUUGGUCUCAUAUCAAAUACAUAUGACUCUGGGAGACAUCCCGGGGGUUAUCCAAAGGUCGCAAGUUCGAGCCUUGCUAGGGACAUUUGAUUUUGCUAC